AUGGCACCUUCGCUCUCUGGCCAGAGCUGUAACAUGAAAACACCCGUCCUUGCUGGCAACAGAGCUAAAGUGGAUCUAUUUCAAGUGCUGUACUUCAGGAGGCCGGCGCGUAGAGACAUGACAGAAUGGACGCUGCUCAAGCGGCUGCUGGACGCCGUGCACCAGCACUCCACCAUGAUCGGACGCCUCUGGCUCACGGUCAUGGUGAUCUUCCGCCUGCUCAUCGUGGCCGUGGCGACUGAGGACGUCUACACGGACGAGCAGGAGAUGUUUGUCUGCAACACCCUUCAACCGGGGUGUCCCAACGUCUGCUACGACGCCUUCGCCCCCAUCUCUCAGCCUCGAUUCUGGGUCUUUCAGAUCAUCACGGUGUCGACGCCUUCUCUAUGCUUCAUCAUCUACACCUGGCACAACUUAUCCAAGCAGCCAGAGGCCGAGCAGACGAAGGAGGCGUACGACCGCAGCUGCGACUCGGACAGCUGCUCCAUCAAGUCACACAAGCACUUGGGUCACAGUCUCGCAGACGUCCUCGAAGGGAUCGCCAACCAGAGCGCCCAGAAAAGCUCGCAGGCGUUGCGGGAGAUCGGCGCUCCGUCCAAAGGCUCCUUGGGAGUCCUUUCAAAGUACUACAUCUUCCACGUGUGCUUCCGCGCCGUGCUCGAGGUCGCUUUCGUGGUGGCGCAGUGGCUCCUUUUCGGUUUCCACGUUCCCGCUCACUUCGUGUGCACGGCGUCUCCUUGCAUGCAGAGGGUCGACUGCUACGUCUCGCGUCCCACCGAGAAAACCAUCUUCCUGAUCUUCAUGUUUUGCGUGGGUGUUUUCUGCAUCUUCCUCAACUUCUUGGAGCUCAAUCAUCUGGGCUGGAAGAUGAUCAAGAAGUCGAUGCUCAUCAAGGACAGCUCCUGGAGGGGAUACGGCGCUAUAAACCAAGACUCGCAGUCCAUAGCCUCUCUGACUUUCAGAGACGUGACCAGCACUACCUCGCUACCUACCCUAGAUCUGGUUGUGGACCACCAGCCGGACUGGAUCUGUGCUGGGAAGUGCUCGACGAAGAAAGACAAGGACACCUACAGAGGAACGCAAUCGCUCAAGGGGAAAUCGCAGCCGAGCAAAGAAAGAAAAACAAAACAAAGGAGCACUGAGGUUUGGAUAUAA